ACCCCACAUGUGGAUUUAUUUUUAUUAAGUUUCAUAACAAAUUCCGUGCGGAAAAGAAGAAAAUCAAAGAGUUUCAAUAAUUACCUCAUUUUAAUAAAUCCCCUUAAGAUGGGUGUUCGAGGACUAACAAGUUUCAUCGCCCGAAACGCCGAACUCUACCUAAAACCCUUCGAAUUACACGACUGCAACUUGGUCAUUGAUGGCGAUAAUUUGGCCUGUAAUUUGUACAAAGAUGCCGCUGGGAGGAACUCAGCUUUUGGCGGGGACUACGACGCCUUCUAUCGGACAGUUAUUGAAUUCUUCCAUGUCCUCAGCGAAUGCAACAUCCGUCCCUAUGUCCUCAUGGACGGUGGCUACGAAAAGAAGAAACUACGAACUGUUUGGCAACGGCUGCGUGGCAAGAUCUCGGUGAUCAAGAAAAUCGACCCCGUCAACUCGCAGAACAUCUUUCCUCUAAUGAUGCGAGAGGUCUUCAUCGAUGCUCUGAAUGACUGUGCGGUUCCGGUCAUGCGAUGCGUGUUCGAGGCUGACGACGAAUUGGCAGCCCUAAGUCGAAAACUCAACUGUCCGGUUCUCAGCUACGACUCUGAUUUCUACAUCCACAACGUGAAGUAUAUCCCCCUGGUCACAUUGACGGUGAAGGCGCACAAAAAGAAGGUCAGUCAAAAAGGUGUUCGUGACGAGAAUUCCACACUAACAAAAUCCAGUGUGAAGCACAUGGAGAAAAGGGCAAAAUCUCAAAAAAUCAUUAAGGGCAUUGAAGUCGACGCCGAGGACAGAAAUGCCCCAAAGACUGGCAAGACUUACAAAUACCUGGAUUGCUGUAUGUACAAGAUUGAGAAUCUGAUUGAACGAGGCUCCCUGAGCAGGGAAAAGUUGCCUCUGUUUGCAGCAUUGCUUGGGAAUGAUUACAUCCACAGGGCGGCUUUCAAGACAUUCUUUGCACAAAUGAAACAAAAGGGAAUGGGCAAGAGGACGACGAAGAUUCAGAAGAGAAUUAGAAAGAUCCUCCAGUGGCUGAAGCAUGAGACACUCGACUCGGCGCUGGAAAAGAUCGUCGGGACUCUCAAGAAGCCCCAAAGGAACAAGCUUAUCGCUCUAAUGAAGGGUGCCGUAGAAGGCUACACUACAGAGAGUUGUGCCUCUUUUGAGUUCUUCAAGAACCACUAUGAAGAUGCCUUUGAAGAGAGCAGUCAAAGCGAGAACGAUGAAUCAGAAGGAUCCGAUGAAGAUGUAGAAGAAUCCGAUGAAGAAGUGGAGGAGGAUGCUGAAGAAGAGGAGGUUGAUGGUGAGGAAGAACUCGAAGAGGAAGAAUCAGAAGAAACUCUCGAUGACCAGAAGUUGGCCAAGGAAACCGACGACGAAGCACCUAAAGACGAGGAUCUAGAGGUUAUUGUCUCUGAAUCAUCAGGAGAAGAGAAUUCCGGUGACGGCGAAGAUGAUUCGGAUGAUGAUGAAUCAGAUCCCAAUACGUUCUUACCCCAAUGGUUCAGGGACCGUCUGUACCCGGCUCAUCUGCCACGUUUCCUUGUCGAUCUGAGUCAUCUCCAAAUCUACAUCAAUAAUCCUCAAAUCGAGCACUUUCCCUUCAACGACUGCAAUGAAAUUGGAAUUCCAAUUCUGAAGCACAUCUUCUACUUACUCCACAGCGUCGACGGAGAUGAAGAGGAUAAGAUCUUCAAGACAAAACGUGUGAAACGACACUAUCAAGCCGCUCGCGACCAUGGCGAUGACACCGUCCCCUAUCUGCGCUAUCUCACCCGAGUGACCCGAGUCACAAAUAUACACACAGUUCGAUACCCCUUGGAACAAUCCACCAACGUGGCAUUUAAUCCCGUCACACCCGAUCCAGAGCUGUUUCGUGUGGUUUUCAGGAAGCUGAAACUGGAUUCGGACAAACUGUUCAAGGAAAUCGAGAAACUCCCAUCAGACCUUCGAAUGUAUUUCCUUUCGAUUGUCUUUUGGAUUCAAAAGACUCCCCAUGCAGAUCUCCUUCAUCUGCACUCGCUUCUCAUUUGCCUGGUGCUGCUGAGGACCGUCGACGCUAAAGUAGAACCCAUUCGAGAUUGUAAGGCUUUCCAAAAGCGCUUUGGCAACAUCAUCAAGAAGGAACAACUCAUCCGAGCCAAGGAGCAAGAGACAGGCACAGUCAAAGAACUCCGUCCGGAAGUAAAAGCUCUACCAGUGAUCGAAAGGAUGAAGUUCAUAUCGAUGCAGGAUUGCCUCCUGGUGCAGGAUAAUCUCCUCAAACACUUCCACAUGCAGGAGAUCUUCAAGAAGAAGUACGACGACUUCUCAUCGACGGUUCUGCACGGAUUCGCCGAGUUCCAAUCGGUGGUGUUUAAUCUUCACGCUCUCAAUGGAUUGUUGGGGAAUUUCUAUGAAAGUCCCAAAAUGGCCCAGACCUACUGUGGAGUGUUUCUCUAUAAUAUCUACGAAUUGCUGAGAUCACGAAUUGAUCUCAAGUACUUCAUCGAACAUCACAUCUUCCGUUAUUCACCGAUGAUGUUCGAUUUGUAUGAAUUCUUUGCUGAUUGGUUGAAUCAAUUCAUACCCGAAUGGCAAGGGAAUAAAAUCGCUGCAAGUACACUGGCUCUGAGUAAGAACGUUUUGAAGAAGAGGAAAGCCGCGGCAAAAAAGAAGGCUGCUGCAGAGGCAGCAGCAGUGGCGGCAGCAGCCACUGAGGAAACCGGUGAUUCUAAUUCGGAAGUGUGGCAAUCUGCAUCAACGGAGGAGGGGGAGGAGGAAGAUGAAUUUUACGAUGUGAAUAAUCAAUUCUGUACAUUAUUGGAAAUAAAGUGAAAGAUUUAUUUGUAUUAUAUUUUUACAAAAAUAAAAAGAACUGAAUUUGUUUAUUUGUACAUACUA